AAAAGAGUGAGUGAAAUAUCCUUUCACCUGAAUGACUGCUACGCCAGUGAAGGAGAUCCACGCAAGACAGUCACCUUCGUUUUCUUCUACUGCAGGUCUCACUUCUUUUCGCAUACAUCAUUCAAGUACCUACCGGUUCCCUUUUAAUUCCCUGAGAUCUUAUUAAAGCAGCUGCCCUUCAACCUGAUGCAAUUCCCGGUGGUCAUGGAUCUCCCUUUGACGGACGCAAGGCGGUGGUCACACGUUCCGGAAGAAGAAUCACUGUUGACUUCUGAAUCCAAAGCUUCCACCCCGUCUUCGGCUUCCACUGAAGGGUCGCCUAGACAUGUACCGCUGAGAAUCGAUCCUAGCCGACUCCUCAACCCCAAGAAAUCACUUGGAGCACCUACCGGCAAUUCCGAUGCUCCAGUGCAGGCAUCCGCCACCCCGAGUCAGGAUGCGAAGUUCGGCUCAUUGAUUGAACGCAUGCACAAUGUCGAAGCUCGAACCGAGCCGAUUGCCAAGAAACGAAAGUUCAACGACGACGAAGCCGCUGAAACGACGUCAAUUCGGACCAAUGGCGCCAGCUCGGGGAUUGUGGCAGAUCAUUUAGCUAAGAAAGAUAUUGAAGCGAGAUCCGCCCAAGGCAUCGUGGACUUGACAGCAGAACCGGAUGACGACGACGUGAUUUUUGUGAGAGAUAGUGGCAAUGUUGAGGCCUGUCUCGGUGAGGUCGAGGCUCAGGUCAACGCCCACCAAAUUCCUGCUCCAAAACCGGGUUUCGACCAUCCAACCCAUUGGCCUAGCAUUCGGUGUGAACUAGUCCUCCAAAAUACGACACAGCAAGCCAACGACUCCGUGAUCCUCGUGAAGGAUCACGCAAAGAAUGUUUUUGGGCGACUAGAUCAUCGGACGGCGUCCGCACUCACACCCGCAUUGCGGUCAUCGGUCGGAAUGAAACUGAGCGGCAAGCUUGCCGAUCGGAAGCGUGUGCCGGGUGAGCAACGGGGAAGUCACACUUCAAUGACCUUGAAAAUCAAGGUUCAAGUGUUUGCGCCUCGAAAAUAUGCUAGUGCUAUCGGGAAGUCGUUCAAGCAGAGAGGAAUCCAAUUGAAGAAUCCGACACUCUCCGACCUUCGAAAUCCGAAUAUUGACAUUUUAAAUCCCCACGAGGCAGCGAAUUUAGGAGGCGUGUAUGGAGCAACUGGAUCUUCUGGAGCUACGGAAUACCGAAGCGGAUAUCGUACCGCGGAGGAAGCUCGAAGUGAUGUGUUCGACAUCUUCGACAAACUUCCGUCCACCGACGAACUCCCCGAGACCGAGCAAGUGGCCGCUGUCAUGACCCCACUCCUUAAGCAUCAAAAGCAGGCAUUGACGUUCAUGCUUCGCAGAGAGAGCAAUGGAACCGAUGGGUCACAGAACGGACUUGGCCUUUGGCAAUACACCUAUGCCGCAAAUGGGCAAGCGGUGUAUCAUCACCCCAUCACCGGCUUCCAAACGUAUACGAAACCUAUCCCUGAGCGGGGAGGGGUCCUUGCCGAUGUCAUGGGCUUGGGUAAAUCGUUGACUGUCCUCGCAUUAAUUGCAGCGACUUUGAACGAUGCGAAGCUAUUCUCUCACAGUCCUCCGUUACGAACCUUAGAAAGACCCGUCUCGUGCAGGUCCAGGGCUACUCUUCUCGUCGUGCCGCUGAGUACGAUUGCCACCUGGGAGAUGCAGAUCAAGUCCCAUCUCGCUGAUGGCACAUUGACAUACUGCCUGUAUCACGGACCGAGCAGGGAAACAAAUGUCCCGAGACUCGCAGACUACGAUGUCAUCAUCACCACGUAUGGAACGCUUGGGACGGAAACAUCUCGUAAGGCGAAGGCGAUGAGCCCCCUGUUGGCGAUCGACUGGUUUCGGGUGGCGCUGGAUGAAGCCCACACGAUCCGUCAAGCAACCACCAAACAGGCCCAAGCAGCGUGUGCUCUUCUCGCUGAACGACGAUGGGCAGUGACCGGAACGCCGAUCCAAAAUCGUCUGGAGGACUUGGGCUCACUCCUCAAGUUUCUGCGAGUCGAGCCGUUUCAGAAUCCUGGUGCCUUCAACACGUAUCUCGUGGCGCCGUUUAAAAAUGCGGAUCCGGAAAUUGUACCCCGUUUGAGGGCCUUGGUCAACGCAAUCACCAUUCGACGACUCAAAGACCGGAUUAAUCUGCCACCUAGGCACGAGAACAAGGUCUACCUUCAUCUCGCCGAUGACGAGCGAUUAAUCUAUGAGAAAUUCAGAUACGAGGCGUCCGCAAGACUUUCGCACAUCGCGACACGAGACACGGCGAAGGCCUUAGGUGGAAGGAACUAUUCGCAUGUCUUGAGGGCCAUUCUGCAGCUUCGACUUCUCUGUGUCCAUGGGACCGAUCUCCUAUCGGAGCAAGACUUGAAACUUACCGAUGGACAUUCCGCCGAGAAUGCGAUCACCAUCGACGAAUACAUGAAAGGUCUUGUCCCGGUGCAAGCCUACGAGAUGUUCCAGAUGCUCACGGAAGUGGCCAACGACAGAUGCGAUAUCUGCAGAAAGCGAGUUAGCGAUGACGAAGAGGACGAGACAGAGGAUGAAGAACGUGGAACCAAGGACAACGACCUCAUGGGAUACAUGACACCGUGCUACCAUAUCAUCUGCUGCGAUUGCGCCAAUCCUUACAUGCAAAGGAUGUUUGCGCAGGGCGGACAGGAGGAUAUAAAAACAUGCCAUGUGUGCGAUCGUGAUAUUGAGCUCAAGCUCUUCAAACUGUCGCGGAGUGGUUUCCACGAGUAUCGCUAUCCGUCGAGGGAUAACCGAGCCAGUGCGAAGCUCGCCAGACUGAAGGAGAAAUAUAAGGGCCCGCACACGAAGACCAAGGCUCUGCUUGCCUCGCUCCAGGAGAAUCAGGAGCGGAGCAAGGCACGUCCUGACGAGGGUCCCAUCAAGAGUGUGGUCUUCACUUACUGGACAUCUCAUAUGGACCUCAUCUCAUUUGCACUCCAAGAUAAAGGCAUUCCGUUCGUUCGCCUCGAUGGCAGUAUGUCUCGGAAGAAGCGUGGCGACGCCAUCCAAGAAUUCCAAGACGAUCCGUCCAUCGAAGUGUUCCUCAUCUCCAUCUCCGCGGGCGGCGUCGGUCUCAACCUCACAGCCGCCUGUCGCGUGUACGUGAUGGAGCCCCAAUUCAACCCCGCGGCCGAAACCCAAGCCGUCGAGCGCGUCCACCGCCUCGGGCAGACCCGAGAGGUGGUCAUCACCCACUUCAUCAUCAAAGGCAGCAUCGAGGAGAACAUCCUGAAGCUGGCGGAGACGAAACGCGAUCUGGCAGACCUCUCGAUGAGCAAAAACGCGAAGCUGGACAAGACGGAGGUGAUGGAGCAACGGUUGAAGAACCUCAAGGCGUUGUUUGGAGGGGCCAGCGCGCUGUCGUUUAAAUGAUCGGACGAUCGGUGUUUUCUACAACGGGACGAUGCAUGGAAUUUACAUAGCAAACUUGCUGACGUGGAACAAUCUCCAUGCACAUGGAUGGGCUCCUCGGAGAUACGAUGUAUGGCUCACGGAUGA